AUGUUUGCUGAUUCUCGUCAUACUUUAUAUUUUAUAUCGAAUAUGAGUGAAAAUACUAUUGUUCUAUUUGGACUAACUGGGAGUGGAAAGUCGACUAUAGCUAACAUGCUGAUUCAAGGAGACAUGAAGGCAAUGCGUGAAUCAAGUGCUAGAACUGUUCCACAUAAAGAGGGCUAA